AUGAUAAAAGGCAAUAAACAGGCGAUGCUAGCUAGAUUCGACAAGGAAUUCGAAGAACUUGAAGGUUUACGGUUUUGUAUAACCAGUAACCACUAUAGUGUUCGGGCAAGGAAAUUGCAGAUCUAUUCGAUUUCUUCAAGAGAAUACAUACAGAAACAAAAAGUUCUUAGAAACCCUGACGGUCACGAGCUUACGGCUAUGGCUUCAGCGAAUGUAUCCGACGAUCUGGACUAUGAAAUCUGGGCUCCGGCCGCAAAAGCUACACUAAUGGAGAAAGGACUUUGGGACGUCGUUGAGAACGGAGUCCCGCCGGAUCCAUCGAAGAUUCCAGAGUUAGCGGCGACGAUUCAAGCUGAAGAACUUUCUAAAUGGAGAGAUCUCGUGGUGAAAGACAUAAAAGCGCUCCAGGUUUUGCAAUCUUCUCUCAGGGAUUCUGCUUUCAGGAAGACUCUCUCAGCUUCUUCGGCUAAAGAGGUUUGGGAUCUACUCGAAAAAGGUACCAAACAAUCGAAACUGCGUAGAUUAGAGAAUAUGCACGAAGGAGAAACGCUCGGUUUAUACAUAGCUAGAGUGACGAGAAUCGUUGAACAGCUGCGUCGUUUGGACAUUGCGAAAUCUGAGUACGAGGUUACCAAGAAGGUGUUGAGUUCGGUCUCGAGGCCGUAUAAUAUCGUGGCUCCGAUUCUGGAUGAACACAUGGAUCCCAAGAAACGAGGGCAUCACGCAAGAGACUGCAAGAGAAAGAAUCAGAAACAAGUGGCCACAGAAGCUGAGAUAGAUGGUGAAGAAGACACACAAGUUGAUUACCUAAUGUUAGCAGAGGAAAGGCUCAACAGGAACGUGCUGAGUCUUGAUCAGAUGAUAGCGAGAGGAUAUUCAGCGGUGACGAGACCAGACACAUGCAUUUUUCGAGAUCGGACUGGGGCUGUUUUUGGGGAUACUGUGUUGGACGAGAGAGGACCAGCUCUGCGUUUGCAGGUGAUUGAAGAAAUUCUGACGGUUACUGCGAUGGCGGCGGCGAACAUUCAAGACGCCGUUUCCGAUGAUCUGAACUACGAAAUGUGGGCUCCGACCAUGAAAGCUACACUCGUGCAGAAGAAACUUUGGGAUGUUGUUGAGAACGGAGUCUCGCCGGAUCCAAGGAAGAUUCCAGAGAUUAAGGUCGAGGAGCUUGCGCAAUGGAGGAAUCGUGAAGACUGUCUCGGCUGCUUCGGCCAAGGAUCUUUGGAUUCGCUCGAAAGAGGUAACGAAGAAGCGAAACUUCGAAGAUUAGAGAAGCAAUUCGAAGAAAUCAGCAUGGGGGAAAAAGAAUCGAUCGAUUCCUACUUCGAUAGGAAAUCCGAUUACGAGGUUAUCGAGAAGGCGUUGGCCUCGGUCUCAGGGUCAUACCGUGAUGCCGCUCCUCUGUUGGGAGAACUCUGGGAUCUGAAGAAGAUGACUUUGAAGAGCCUUGUUGAGAUUUUUCACACGUAUGAUUCAAUAUCAGAGGAAGAUGUCCAUCGGAUGUUGAAGCUAAACAGGCUUAAAUACGAGUCUCGAAACAAGAACAACAAUCAUUCGAUCCCUAAGGCAGGGGGCUGGAGUGAAGAAGGAAGGCAUUACGGAAGACAGUGCUACAGAAGGAAACAGCAACCGGAGAAGAAAGAAGCUCAGAAUCAGAAAGACAAGGAAGAAGAAGGAGAAGAAAUCUUCGUUGAUUAUAUACUGAUGGCGAAGAAGCGUUCGGCUAUGAGAGUCUAUUCGCUUUCUCCAAGAGAAUAUACAGAAAACAAAAAGUUCAAAGAAAUAACCCUGACGGUUACAGGCUUUGCGGCUAUGGCGACGGUGAAUGUAUCCGAUGAUCUGAACUAUGAAAUCUGGGCUCCGGCCUUUUGGGGUGUUGUUGAGAACGGGGUCCCGUCGGAUCCAUCGAAGACUCCAGAGUUUGCUGCGACGAUCGAAUCCGAAGAACUUUCUAAAUACAGAGAUCUCGUGAGAAAAGACACGGAAGCGCUCCAUAUUUUGCAAUCUUCUCUCCCAGAUUCUGCAUCCAGGAAAAUUCACUCGGCUGCUUCGGCCAAAGAUGUUUGGGAUUUGCUUCAAAAAGGUAAAGAAGAAUCGAAUCUGCGUAGAUUAGAGAAGAAAUUUGAAGAAAUUAGUAUGGAUAAAGGAGAAACGCUCGAUUUCUUCUUGGAUAGAGUUUUGGGAAUCGUUCAAGAGCUGCGCCGGAUGAAAACCCCGCAAUCCGAUUACGAUGUUAUCUCCAAGGUGUUAUCCUCGCUCUCAAAGCCGUACGGUGACUUUGCUCCUCUCUUUGAAGAACUCAAGUUCACGGAUCUGAAGAACAUGCCUCUUACAGGACUUGUUGAGUUCUGCUACAUGUAUGAAUCAAUAACAAGCGAAGCCACCUCUCUGAGGUUGAAGAAUCUGAGGCUUGAAUCGGAGUCUGAUAAGUGGUGUAGCGACUUGUGGAUGGUAUCGGGAUAUGCCACGAUCCAUAUGACUCCGUACGAGAAGGUUUUCGCUACUCUAGACAGAACACACAAAGGUAAGGUUGGAUUGGUUGAUGGGAAAGUUAUCGUGGUUGAAGGAAAAGGAGAUGUGAGGAUUGUGAUGAAGGAAGGGAAGAAGAAGACGAUCGAUAAUGUGCUUUUUGUUCCCGGGAUGAUCAGAAACGUGUUGAGUCUUAGUCAGAUGGAAGCACAAGGUUGUUCAUUUAGCGAAGGAGGAGGAGGCGAAUGCAUUAUUAGUGAUCGCAAUGGGGCAGUUCUUGGGGAAACGAUGUGGGACAAGAAAGACUUGGCUCUGCGUUUGCAGAUAUCUUGUGGUCUUUUAAGCUUUUAG